GGAAARCCAGUGUUCAUCCUAUUUGCAGAUGCGUCAAAGAUAAGACGGGCAGAAAUCAUACAMUACACCGCAUAGAGAAUUAUCCUUGGCAGGGUGUCAACGUGCAAGAUGACUCCUCACUCGAUUCUAAGGCUUAUUUUUCUCACUUGYAGUAUUUUACAUGUUCUUUCAUCUGGUUACGAGGUGGAGUUCAAUGGACCACAGUACAUCUCCUAUGACAUUCGCACCAAUCGUAUUUCCACAGAUAAUACUCAUAUUUCUCUGCAGUUUAAGACUUUCCAUCCUUCAGGAGUUUUAAUCUACAGUAGUGGAACGCAAGGGGACUUUAUAACUCUGGAACUCAUUCAAGGAAAGCUAAGAUUCGCCAUUGACUUAGGUAGUACCAGCAGCAUAGCAGGACGACACCAAGUCAUCAUGGGUAAUCAACUGGCAGACAACCGCUGGCAUACCGUUAAAGUCGAUCGCAGUAAAACCGCCCUGGUCGUGUCUUUGGAUUCUGAGAAACGCGCCACUACCACCCCAGGCUCUUUCGUUCGUCUCGACCUCGAUAAGUACAUCUACGUCGGGGGACUGGAUAGGAAUUUGGAGAGUGAUUUUCACGGUUCUAGGAACACGCCUAACUUUAUUGGAUGCCUAAAGGAUGUGUAUUUUGAUUACAUCGAUAUCUUAUAUGGCGCGAAAUAUAAAUUACUUUUUUACGCCACUUCGACGAAAAAACUGUCUUUCUCUUGUCCUAUGGACAAAUAUCACCCCGUGGGAUUCCCCUCACCGCAGAGCCACCUGCGACUGUCCGACCCCUCCCUCAACAACCUAACAUUUAGYCUCAGCUUCCGAUCUUACACGGCCAAUGGGAUCAUCGCUUUUAGAAUGAGUAACCACGCCCGGGUCUACGUUGGACUAGUYGCGGGUACUCUCGAACUCGAAGUMCGAAUUGGUAUUGACCCACCAAUCAAAAUUAGCGUUGGUGGUAACCUUGACGACGGGAAGUGGCAUGAUCUUACUUCCGGUGCGGACCAUAAAGAAAUCUGGAUCUUAUUGGAUGACAAACCGGAAGUGCGCCAUUCAAACCCACGAUUGGCCGGUCUUGGGAACUUCAGGAAUCAGGUUUACAUUGGAAGUGGGACCCACCGGACUGGGUUCAUCGGCUGCAUGCACAACAUUCAAGUCAACGGAGCCCGUAUACUCCCCAAAAAGAUGAAGUCAGGUCUGAUAGGUGUGGACGUCGAUCAAUGCAACGCGAGAUCCGUGUGUUACCCGAACCCUUGUCAAAAUGGAGGACGAUGUAAGCAAUAUAGAGACCAGUACUCAUGUGAUUGCGCAGGCACAUUUUACCAUGGCAACUACUGUGAAAUUCCGCUGUACCGGGCUACCUGUGCCGACUACAAGGCGUUGGGUGUGUCUCAGGAUUCGUACUGUACUGUUGAUGCUGAUGGGAAGGGACCCUUGGGUGCUUUUGAGGUCCUUUGUAACGUGACGGCUUCUAAGUCUGCUGCUACUAUCAUCACACAUGAUAAAAUGCAAAAGCAACUCGUCCCAGAAGGCGCAAGACAGUACAAUCGAUUCUACUUUCACCGUAUAACAUACCACCAGGCCGACAUGGCCAGCAUGCGAGCUGUUGUCCAGAAGAGCACACACUGUCGACARUAUAUCAGCUUCAAUUGCUUCAAAUCCCGGAUUCUUAACGCUCCCAUUGGCCCAGCGCCUGCGCAGUGGUUGUCAGGYUCGGGUACAUUGCAUAGUUAUUGGGGUGGAGCUCCAAGAGACAAGCACAUGUGUUCWUGUGGCCUCACGGGCACUUGUGACAACCCUAGAAAGCUUUGUAAUUGCGACAUUGGAGAUGCAGAAUGGCGUGAAGACUCAGGAUACUUAACUGACAAGAGCGCUCUUCCAGUCACCAUGCUUCAAUUUUCUGACGAAGCAAAGGAAUCCAUGUUCACCCUUGGCCCACUGGAAUGUUUUGGCACCCAYGAGCGAUCAACAUACCAAGCCAGUAUUGUCCAAUCAGCGUGCAGACCCGUCAAUCCACCUCCUACACAACCAGAACCCAGUCACUCUCCUUUUGUCCCGACCGCGUGGAAGUCUGGUGGAAGUAGAUACCCAACACCUGCGGGGACCCCGACUACACCGACCACAGCUGGUCCAACUGUACGACCACAUGGGGGUCACGUGACUGUUACCACGACGAUAUCCACCCAUGACAACAGGACGCACGUGACCUCGGUUGUGAAACACACUGUUAAGAAUGGUUCCAAGACGACGAUCAAGUCUUCGAUCUCGUCGGACAAGACUGGGGUGAUAGUGCAUUCUUCUAUAAGCAGCAAAGACAAAACAGAUCCACCAACUGUUGGUCCCUCCCUUGAAACACCCUCCGUGGUCACGUACAAAUGGCGUAACGGCAGCGUUGCUCAUGUCACGCGCGUGACAGCCUAUGAAUACAGCGAAAAGUUCAUCAUCCUUGUGGUCGCGUCCGUCAUUGCGUUACUGUUACUCGUCGUUGUAGUCGUCGUCCUGAUUCUCAGACGGUCAGGCAGGACCUACGUCAACUGUAUGAUGUGUCAGCGGUGUCGCAACAAGCGUAGUAUCCCGGAUAUUGAGAUAUAUCGUCACUCGGUGAAUUCGGAUUCCCCKGAUGUUCUUCAGCUUGACGACAUGCGUCCUACGUCUAUGGAACUCGGUGCGUACAACGUACGUAGUGGCAARGCCGUCUACCACAGCGUACAUCAGGGGGGAAGCGUCAAAAAGUUCGUGUCUUUCUCAACGUCAACAUCCAACAUAUGAGAGAUGAAAGGACAGYGGMGACAAGAAGGAAAGGGUAUCGUSCGCAUGCCCUUAAAUUGUUCUUUGAUAAAGAUUACAGGCGUAUUGACCGGUCAAGGAUCGAUUUUCUGUUCAUUCGAGGGAUUUGCGUAGUUGAGAAGCGCUUUACGUUACGUUACGUUACGUUACGUUGUGUCUGUUAUUUAGGGCUUUUUACGUGUCCUGAGUUAACAAAACGUUUGUGUUGUUCGUAGUUAGUCGGGAGUGGUUCUCAUCAACCAGUAAUGAAAAUACAAAAGUAUUUCAAAGAAAUAAGUUUCAAUUU